AGCGCGCGCUUUCGAACGACACGUUCGUGUCUGCCGCAAGGGACACGAUCAGUCUGUUCUCCACGUUCUCCAUGCAAGGACGAUUGCCGUUCGCUCCGUCCGGCGAAUAACGAAUUUCAAUUGUUUAUUAGCCGAGCCGAAUUACGCGUCCGAGAUAAAUUUUGCUUAGUAAUUGAAUGUAUGUAUAGACAUUCCGUGUAAACAAAAGUCUUCCCGCGUCCGUUGCGAAUUGUUCUCACGUGUUAUUACUAUAUAAAAACGUGCGGGUUGUUAAUGUGAUCAAUGAUUUACUCAAAUAAAAAAAUUAACGCUAUAUUUGCAUGAUCGGAUUUCUUUCAUUAAUAUAAAAAUGUAUACGCGCGGACAGUAGCACGUUUGAAUUGUUAUGACCCAACUGGUAUUUGAGAGACUAAUUUUGUCGUCGCCGUCGUCGUCGUCGUACCGAUAUUUUAUCCGAUAAUCUCGAGAUGAAGACAUUCUUGGUACUCGCAGUCGUCUACUUGCUGGCCAAGAUUGUCGAUUGCCGAGCCGUUGAAAAUGAUACUGAUAAGAAUGAGCGCAGUAAACGACAUAAAUUUUCCGUCGAGGAAUUACUCAACACCAAGUUUCCACACAUUAUCACUGGAGAUUUUGAUAUUGAUAUUUGCAAGGCAGAUGAUUUUCUCGGUGACAUUGCACUGCCAAAUAUUAAAUACGACACAGAAUGGCGCGAACAAAAAUUAAAUAAAAGCUACUUGGAAGAAUUGGAAAAGUAUAGAGAAGAAAUAUUAAAAGAAGGUUUACAAGUGGAAGAAGAAGGUCUUACAGAGAUUCUCCAGUUUAAGAGCGAACACGAUACAAGCAAACAGAUGCUUCAUAAGCACGAUGAAAUGGUUGUUCAAAAGAAACCAGAGCCUAUCAUAAUAAAUCGCAACCAAUAUAACAUAGAUAACGAAUCCAAUAAUGGUUUCAGCUUUAGUGCUAAAAAUGAUGAUAUCAAUCCUGCGGUUAAAGACGAGGGUCUUGAAUUUAGAUUGGAAUCCUCGACCCAAGCUUCGAAGAAAAGGCUUUCUGAACGACAAGCUCAUCGACAGCUUUCCAGGAGGACUUCGAUGUCGAGAUCAAUGAAAGCCAGACAAUCGAAUGACGACAUGCCUCUCGAAUUUUCAACCUCUACAACUUUAACUCUCGAGGAUAAUAAAUAUGUAGGUCGCAUAUACACAGAUCGCGUCAAAGAAAUAUUUAUCACGCAACCUGAAACGAGUAUGAAAAAUGUAUCAAAUCGACAUCGACGUCAUCAUCGCAGAAGAAUUUUGCGGAGAUGUUGUUACAAUCACAAUCGUAAUCGACGAAUGCAUCUUAGUACCGAUGCGUCGGAUGAAAUUGUUUCUGUACACGACCGACGUCUUCGUUCUAUUGAAUUCUACGAUAUAGAACACAAACCAAAAUACUUGACGAAUAAGGGCGGCACGAGACACGCGUAUUUAAGCAGAAUACGUCGGGCGGCUACUGCGAGGAAGGAACGAGUGUGGGAUCAUGGUGUGAUCCCUUACGAGAUCGAUGGCAAUUUUUCUGGCGCACACAAAGCUUUAUUCAAGCAAGCGAUGAGACACUGGGAAAACUUCACUUGUGUCAAAUUUGUAGAGAGAGUGCCUAGAGAGCAUCCUAAUUACAUUUUGUUUACGGAAAGACCUUGCGGAUGUUGUUCUUUCGUUGGAAAGAGAGGUAACGGACCGCAGGCUAUUAGUAUCGGAAAAAAUUGUGACAAAUUUGGCAUAGUUGUACACGAGUUGGGUCACGUCGUUGGAUUUUGGCACGAACAUACCCGACCGGAUCGUGACCGUCAUGUACAAAUCAUUCGUGAUAAUAUUAUGAGUGGUCAGGAAUACAAUUUCAAUAAGUUGACAGAGGAAGAAGUGAAUUCACUGGGUUUGCCCUAUGAUUAUGAUUCUAUUAUGCACUAUGCAAAAAAUACCUUUUCAAAAGGUACUUAUUUGGAUACAAUAUUACCUAUGGAAACUCAUGGAAAAAAGAGACCCGAGAUCGGACAAAGAAUUAGACUGAGCGAGGGUGAUAUCGCACAAACGAAUCUUCUGUACAAGUGUCACAAAUGCGGUAGAACGUUUCAGGAGAAUAGUGGUAGCUUUGGAUCACCAAAUUAUUCAAACAAUUCUCCGUCUGUCGAUGGAGAACGGUGCGAAUGGAGGAUUACAGCGACGCAUGGCGAACGUAUCGUACUAAAUAUAACGUCUCUCGACAUAUUCAAAAGCGAUUAUUGCCGCAGUGAUUAUCUUGAAAUUCGAGAUGGAUACUGGUAUAAGAGCCGAGUAUUAGGUCGAUACUGUGGCAGUGGUAAAAUGCACGAACCAAUAGUGUCAAGUGGAAGUCGUAUGCUGGUAACGUACGUAACGUCCAGCAGGCAAAGUGGUCACCGUGGUUUUACGGCGAGUUAUGAGGCUGUUUGCGGCGGCGAUGUCGAAUUAGACGGCAUAGGACAUCUAGAAUCACCAAAUUAUCCAGAGGAAUAUCAGUCUAGCAAAGAGUGCGUGUGGAAGUUGUCUGUACCUCAAGAUUAUCAAGUGGCCUUGAAAUUUCAAUCUUUCGAAAUCGAGAACCAUGACAAUUGCGUGUACGACUAUGUCGAAGUGCGUGACGGACAUAACAACGAUUCCCCUUUAAUCGGCGUUUAUUGCGGGUACAAGAUACCACCAGACAUUAAGUCGACAGGGAACAAGCUGCUCGUUAAGUUCGUCAGCGAUGGUUCCGUUCAAAAGGCUGGUUUCUCGGCAACUUUUAUGAAAGAAUUCGACGAGUGCGUGUUAACGGAUCACGGCUGCGAACACGAUUGUAUCAAUACACUCGGUGGAUACGAAUGUUCUUGUAAAAUUGGUUACGAGUUACACUCUGACGGUAAACAUUGCGAAGAUGCUUGUGGUGGAUUUUUCGACGAUAGUAAUGGCACUAUCACGAGUCCAUCGUUUCCUGAAGCUUAUCCAGGAAAUAAAAAUUGCAUCUGGGAAAUUAUAGCUCCGCCUCAAUAUCGUAUCACUUUAAAUUUCACGCAUUUCGAUCUCGAAGGCAAUAAUGUAUACCAAGAGGAAUGCGAAUACGAUUCUGUGGAAAUAGCGAGCAAGCUUGGUGAUGAUGUUCUUAGAAAGCAUGGGAUAUUUUGUGGCGCACGACUACCGCCACUUAUCACAUCCGAGGGCAAUUUUAUAAGGAUUACCUUCACAUCUGACAAUAGCGUCCAAAAAUCAGGCUUUGCUGCUGUAUUUUUCACGGAUAUGGAUGAAUGUGCCAAUAACAACGGUGGAUGUCAGCACGAGUGCAAAAAUACGAUAGGUUCUUAUCAAUGUUCUUGUCACAAUGGAUUCACACUUCAUGAAAACGGUCACGAUUGCAAAGAGGGUGGCUGCAAAUACGAGAUUACUGCGCCCAUGGGAACAAUUACCUCACCGAACUAUCCGGAUUAUUAUCCUGGACGUAAGGAUUGCGUUUGGCAUUUUACUACGAAGCCAGGCCAUCGGAUAAAAUUGGUUUUUAAAGUUUUCGAGAUGGAACCACAUCAAGAAUGCGCAUAUGAUCAUAUUGCUAUUUACGACGGAGAUUCACCGGACAGCAUCACUUUAGGUAGAUUUUGCGGUAACAAGGAACCACAUCCGAUUCUUGCUACAGGCAAUCAAAUGUAUAUGGUUUUCAAGAGCGAUGCUUCUGUACAGAGAAAAGGUUUCUUAGCUACCCAUAGUACAGCCUGCGGUGGUCAUCUUAUGGCAACCGAUAGAGCAAAGCAUUUAUAUUCUCACGCUAAAUACGGUUAUUAUCAUUACGAUCACAAGACGGAUUGUGACUGGGUAAUAGAAGCGCCACUUGGUAAAAAUGUUCACUUAUCUUUUCUUUCGUUCCAAUUGGAAUACGAAACUGAAUGUGGAUACGACUUUGUCGAAGUUUUCUCCGGUUUAGAUGCGUCUAGCCCACCGUAUGGUCGAUUUUGCGGUAAUUCUAAUACUACUGAUUUUAUUUCCAUGAACGAGGCGCUGCUAGUGAGGUUUAGAACAGAUGAUACAAUUUCAAACAAAGGCUUCGUAGCUGUUUUCGUGGCAAUGGAUCGACAGGACAGUGAGGAAAAUCUUGGUGGUGGAGACAAUGAAGAUCAGGAAAACAUUUGAUCUUUUACUCGGUCACACUCUAAUCGAUUGAAAUGAUUAAAUUCCGAGUUGAUUACUUCCGUGAGAAGUAUUAUAGUAACUAAGGAGUACACUAGCGCGACAAUACAUUACGUAUAUUCUUCUAUGUAUGUUAGAUGAAAUUUUCAUCCUUGUUAGAAAACACGUUGAUUCUUAAAAAAAGAUAUAUAUAAAUAUAUACAUAUAUUACAUCUAGGAUAGAAUAUCCGCCCACGUGCGAAGCUUAAGAUACAAUCUAAUACAAUGUAUGAUCAUCGAUGAACGAGCAGCAAUAUUUUUAAAUCGCGUUAGAUGCAGUCAACAUUUAAUUUUAUUCAGCUGACGCACAUGUCAAAGUCUACAAAAUUUUUACGAGUCUCUAGAUCGAAUACUAAUCUAGAUCGAAUAGCAUUAUAGUGUUACUCUCUCUUUCAAGCCAUAUUUAAGAGAAACAAUAUUUAACAUUAAGGUCAUUAAAUAACCGCAGUUUGAAGUUCGAAUUUUGAAAACAAUUAUCUCGAUAAAUUGCGAGGUAUUUCUUCGUUUGUGUUUCAGGGCACAAUAGAAAUUAUAAAUUGAUAUGUGAGUAAUUGCGUAAGUUCAGUCAUCUAGAUAAAAAUUUUUUUGCAUGAAGUAAUUAAAAUUAAAAUGGUACGAUAUUCAAUACAUGUAUCGCGUUAAUUUGCUUUUUCAAUCGUUUUUUAAUGCAGCGAUAAUUCAGAACACACGUACAUAAGGUUUCCGUCGAUAGAUACUCAGUAACAAAAUAUUAAAUGUGGCCUGUGCAUAACAUGGGUCGUUUACGUGCCACAAUAGUUAGAAUAUGUUUCAUUAAUUAAAGGGUACGUUCUAAAUUAAUAAGAAUUUGUUUGAAAAAAAAAACUAAAAAAACAUCGUAUUAUUUAAGAAUUCUAUACUUAUCACACAUAUACGAAAACUAUACACAAGAUAACAUUAUCGAUAUCGUACGUAAUCGAUAUAUUUACAAAGCGAAGAAAAUCUUUUUGAUAUCAUUGAUAUCGUUCUCACAAGGAACAAACACUGCCUAAGUGACAGUAAUAUCAAUAUUUCAUAUGCCUCAUAUACGUUAUGAUAUGAAGCGAUUAGAUUAUAAGAGAAAAUUAGAUUCACGUGAUCGAAAGCACCAAGUAUGUUAGUAGUUGGUAUGUUAGUGCAUCAACGAUCCACCGGUCUACGGUCUUUCGCAAUGCACGUGAUUAGAAACAGGUACAAAGGAUUCGCGUGAUAAAUAAUAAAGCGUCGAAAAUCAGAGUAACGUAUCCAAAGAAA